GCGUUUUUUUUUUUUUUUAAUUCUAUCCUUAUCGUUUAUUGAAUGUAAAAUAAAGAGAGAACGACAAAAAAAGCGCGUUAACAUCUUUAUAAGCGUGUUUUGAAUAUGAAUCAAUUACUUUGCAAUUGGAAACGAUCGAUACACAAUAUACGUGCGUUAUCAUUUACGGUGCAGCUGCAGGUUUCUGUUGUAUGCACAUUUUUCUUCCUACUUCAUCACUUGAUUUGGAAAUAACCUACAACGUCGAACUUUGGAGACGUAUCGUUACUAUGGCAGCUCAGGUGCACGAAUUCAGCGUCGAAAUGACAUGCGAGGGAUGCUCAACUGCUGUGCAAAACGUACUCAGGAAAAAAGAAGGUAUCAAUGAUAUCAAGAUAGAUUUACCAGGGAAGAAGGUACUUGUGACCACUGCACUGGAUUCAGAUGAGAUUUUACAAACAAUCAAGAAAACAGGAAAGGGUUGCCAGUUCUUAGGGACCCGUUAAGAAAAAUGAAUGAUUUACACUAUGUGAUUGUAACAGGUGCUGCUAAAUAUGUCAGGCAUAUAUUAUAAGAGAGAUAUUUUUUACAUUGUAUCUUUUCUAUAAAAAAUAAGAAAAAUUACAUUAAUUACUUAUUCAUAUAUAUAAGUACAAAAAUAUAGGUACAUUUUAGAUCAUAUAUUGAUAUAAUUAAAUUUUUAUUAUCUUAAGCAGCUUUCAUAUUAAAAAUUUUUUGAAUUUAUUAUAAUUCAACAUGAGAUAUGUUACGUUUUUCAUUUAUAAUAUAAAGCUUUGAAAUAUUGUCUCAG